GGUAGUAGCACACCUUCAUUCCACACCACGGCCGAAAAUAAGGUACUUGAUAAACCCUAGUCUCCAAAACCCUGAGCCAAGUAAUCGCCUGAACAAUGAGAAGACCUAAAUCGAAGAAAUUCAAGCUACAGAGCCGCCUCUCGGAGGUGAAAGAGAUCGAAUUGCUCGAAUCAUGGAUAGCUUCGGGGAAGCCCGACUCAGGUUCCAACCCCCUAUCACUCCCUCCGCCGCCAAAAGGGGCACCGAUCGGCAGACUACCAGACGGCUCCUUCUCGCCUUACGCUGGGUCGGAGAAGUUUAGUCAAUUGCCUCUGUCCAAGAGAACGAAAGAUGGGUUAGCGGACGCGAAGUAUUCGAAAAUGACCGACAUUCAGAGGGCUUCUCUCCCACAUUCGCUCUGCGGGCGGGAUAUACUCGGAGCUGCGAAAACUGGUUCUGGCAAGACUUUGGCGUUUGUUAUUCCGGUUUUGGAGAAGCUAUACAGGGCUAGAUGGGGGCCAGAGGACGGGGUGGGAUGCAUCAUCAUGUCUCCCACAAGGGAAUUAGCGGGCCAGCUUUUUGAAGUAUUAAAAUCUGUUGGGAAGCACCAUGGCUUCAGUGCUGGCCUUCUGAUUGGUGGCCGUAAAGAUGUUGAUGCAGAGAAAGAGCGUGUAAAUGAGUUGAACAUUCUGGUCUGCACCCCAGGAAGGCUUCUUCAGCACAUGGAUGAGACUCCUAAUUUUGAGUGUUCACAACUUCAGGUGUUGGUUCUUGAUGAGGCAGAUCGUAUUCUUGAUGUGGGAUUUAAGAAGGAAUUAAAUGCAAUAAUAUCUCAAUUACCAAAACAUAGACAGACCUUACUAUUCUCCGCCACCCAAACGAAGUCAGUUCAAGAUCUUGCAAGACUAAGUCUGAAAGAUCCGGAGUACCUGAGUGUACAUGAGGAGUCUGCAACUGCUACUCCUAAUCGUUUGGAGCAGACAGCUAUGGUUGUUCCUCUUGACCAAAAGCUGGACAUGUUGUGGAGUUUUAUAAAGGCACAUCUUAAUUCGAGAAUAUUGGUAUUUCUUUCAAGCUGCAAGCAGGUAAGAUUUGUAUUUGAAACAUUCAAGAAACUCCGACCUGGUAUUCCAUUGAAAUGUCUCCAUGGAAGGAUGAAUCAGGAGAGACGGAUGGGGAUUUAUGCACAAUUUUGUGAGAAGCGUUCUAUUCUGUUUUCCACUGAUGUUGCGUCAAGAGGGCUUGAUUUCAACAAGGCUGUUGAUUGGGUUGUCCAGGUGGAUUGCCCAGAAGAUGUCGCUUCUUACAUACACAGAGUGGGGAGGACUGCUCGUUACCUUUCUGGUGGGAGAUCCAUCUUAUUCCUUAUGCCGUCAGAGACAAAGAUGCUAGACAAAUUACAAGAAAAGAAGAUACCAAUUCGAUUUAUUAAGGCAAAUACAAAAAGAUUGCAACCUGUCUCUGGUUUGUUGGCAGCUUUGUUGGUCAAGUACCCCAAUCUACAGUAUUUGGCUCAGAGAGCCUUUAUAACUUAUUUGAGAUCCAUCCAUAAACAGCGUGAUAAAGAGAUUUUUGAAGUCACUAAACUUCCGAUUGAUGAAUUCGCUGCAUCAUUGGGUCUUCCCAUGACCCCCAAGGUCCGUUUUCUCAAACAAAAAGUCAAGGACAAAAAAGUCCUGGAAGGUUUGACCCUGGUACCAGAAAGCAAUUCUGACAAGAAUGCUUCGGAACUCUUAGGAGGAACUUUGGCCACUGGCACUCCUAAAAAAGCAGAACUGGAGCUGGAUGAGGUUUUGGCCACUGGCAGGCCUGAGAAAGCAGAACUGGAGCUGGGUGAGGGUUUUCUUCUGGAAAAGGAUGCUCAGCAUGUGGAGGAAGCAACUGAUAUCAGAGUUGAUGUGCCUGCCACUAGGGUUUUAAAGAAAAAGAAGUUGAAGAUCAAUGUGCAUAGACCUGUGGGUACCAGGGUUGUGUUUGAUGAUGAAGGCAACACCUUACCGCCACUUGCAAAACUAGCUGACACCAAGACUGGGUCUGAUUCUGUUAACCUGGACAAGGACAAAGUAAGUCAAAGAUACGCGGAGUUGAGAGAAGAAAUGAAAGUUGUGGACAAGGUAGAUAAAGCCUUGGACCGGCAACGUCGGAAAGAAAAGCGCAUCAAAGAAAAGAUGAAGUGGAAGAGAGGUAGAGAUGAGGAGGAAGGUGAUGUAGAAAGUGAAGAUAUCUCUGGUUCAGACGGAGAAGCAACUAAUGGCAGACGUAAUAAGAAAGCCAAGGUCUACUUUGACAGUGACAGUGAUGAUGGUGAGACGAAGAAGGCCCAGGAUAAUGCUGGCUUGGUAACAUCUGCCAUUACACUGGCCGAGCAAGAGGAAUUGGCUCUUAAGUUAUUGAGUUCAAUGCAUUCAUAGAUCGUCAUUAUUUAUCCGCUGCAGCCACCUUUGCUGCUCUCCUGGUUGGGUUCUGUUGGGAGAAAGUAGCUUAUUUGGUUCUUGGAGGGACAUAAAGAAACUUUGAAGUUGUAUAUUCGCCUGUCCCCUCGUAAAACUAUUGCUCUAGGCAACAAAAUUUUGUAGUCUACAUAUACUUUUCUUCCCCUGAAAAACUGUCGUAGAUGAUGAGCUACUUCAAUUUUGAAAUGUAUACUGUGAGAAUAGAGAGGCCUCCUGCCUUCCUGGUUAGUAUUUAAAUCUUGUUGUCUGUUUCUGUAACUGGGAUUUAGAUUUCGCAGGUUAAUACUAAUCUUUCUGGUUGUUUGGUGUC